CGCGUGCUCCUGCGUAUGAGCCAGACAACGUUAGCGGAGACCGACUACGAAAUGCCGCUUCCAGACGAAAAGGUUGAGCUCUACAACCCUGACAGCGCAGCAAUGCUGGGAGCAUCUCGGUGCAGCAUGUCCCCACUCGACCCGCCGGCCCAUGACUACGACAAGUUGCGCUACGUGUAUGAUGACUACAUUGAAGGAGGCGCGCUACGAAGCGGUGGAGCGCCGAACUUGUUCUCGCGCCAGUACAUCGGACUCGUCGCGCAGUACGCCGCCGUUGGAUUCAUCGAUGGCGUGCUCCCCAAUGUCAUUUACCCGUUUUUGCAGAACUACCUCAACAUCCCCGGUUCACAAACCACAACGGCGACAGUGAUGGUACAGCUACCCUGGAGUUUCAAGGUUUUCUACGGCAUCGUCUCCGACUGUUUCCCGCUUUGGGGAUACCGUCGUCGGCCGUACAUGGUCAUCGGCUGGAUCGUCACGUUGGCCAUGCUUGUAGAAAUGGCUGUGACGCCCGAAGGCCGGCCUUAUUUUACAGAUACUGCCUAUCGCGCUGUCAAGCCCGAGGACUACACACCUGAAAUCAUCGAGACGAUCAACUACGAUGCAGCCAACCAGGGCAGUUUGUACAUCAUUCCAAUGAUGGGCUGUGUAUUCGGCUAUCUGAUGUCCGACGUGUGCGCUGACGGUAUCGUCGUGGAGCUGGCACAGCGCGAGCCGCUGGAGAUUCGAGGAAGGACCCAGACGGUGAUUUACACGACUCGCUACGUGUUCAACAUCUUCGCUCUGAUUCUGGUAGCUUUCUGCUUCAACGGUGACGAGUAUGGAGGUGACUUCGACUUUUCGCUGUCCUUCCCGAUGCUCAUGUUGAUCGCCGGCAUCGUGCUCGUGCCUAUGGUUCCUCUAACGUGGUUUUUCAUCUACGAAGAGAAGCGCCCCGAAUACCACAAGAACUUCAAGCACUACAUGUGCGAGCUCUGGGACAUCGUGCAGACUCGUGCUGUGUACCAGUACAUCGCCUACCAGACCAUUUCCGGCAUCUUCGCCAUGUUCACGUGGGUCUCUGCUAUGCCCAUUCAAACCAACUGGGUCAAUGUUUCGCCGCUCGCAGAGAAAAUUGCCGGCUUCUUCACCACUGGUGCGUUUGCCAUGUCGGUCUGGUUUGCUGGUAACUACGGUCGUGACUGGGACUGGCGACGCACUACGGUGGUGACUAUGAUCUGGAACUUGUCGCUCGACGCUGUGGUGAGGUUGGUGACGAUCUGGGAUAUUACUCGCUCACCUUGGCUCUGGCUUGGAAUCCCCGUUCUGCAACAAAUUCCUCAGGGAAUCAUAUACAUUGUGGGGUCUUUCAUCAUCGUAGAGUUAUCUUCAGAAGGACACGAAGGUGCCAUGUACGGUCUUCUCACGACGGUUUACAACCUCUGCACUCCGUUCGCUGCUGCCAUAACCCGUAACGUCGAUAGCAUGUGGGACUUGUCGACGGAGCGGAUUCAGAACGACAGUCAUGGAGUGAGGCAAGAUGUGACCUACACGGUCGUGAUCAUGUACGCUUUCAACUUGUUUUCGCUCGUGUUCCUGGUGAUGCUCCCCCGCCAAAAGGAGCAGACGCAGGUCAUGAAGCGUCUUGGUGGCUCCAGCUAUGUCAUGGGGGUCAUCACGGUGAUAUAUCUAGUGUUCGCUCUGGUGUGGUCCGUCAUGACCAACGUCAUGAGCAUCUACGAUUCCACCGCAUGUCUAGUCAUCGCUGGCGGUGAGGGCUGCUAAGAUCUUGGGUGGUAGUGACUAUGUUUUUAAGCUAAGUAUCUACAUGUAA